AUGGGGACUGAUAACAAAACUGUAUCUAAACCAUCUGAGACUUUAAGAGGAGUGCAACUAGCCUGCCUGGUCAUCUACUGUGUGAUCAUGAUGGUUGGGACAGUGGGCAAUGGUCUGGUCAUCUACGUGACAGGCUUCAGGAUGAAGAGAACAGUCAACUCAGUUUGGUUUCUCAACUUGGCCCUGGCUGACUUCCUUUUUACGGCCUUCCUGAUUUUUUCAACCAUUGCUCUGUCUCAAGGUCACCGCUGGCAAUUUGGACUUCUCAUGUGCAAGCUCAACACCUUCGUGAGUGCAGUCAAUAUGUUUGCCAGUGUCUUUCUUCUGAUGGCCAUAAGUCUGGAUCGUUGCCUGUCCACCUGUGUAGUGGUAUGGGCACAAAACAAGCGCACUGUUUGCAAAGCUCAGCUCAUAACUGUUGCUAUCUGGUUGACGGCUAUGGUCUGCAGCACCCCUUAUGCCACUUUUCGCAAACUUUUAGAACAUAACAACAAUACUUACUGUGUUUAUUUUGGGGACAAUACACAGAAGUGGAUUCUUGUUACUUUUCGUUUUGUUAUGGCCUUCCUCAUCCCAUUCCUGGUAAUAAUGGCCUCUUAUGUGGCCAUAGGUGUUCGGGCAAAGCGCCUGCAAAGUACAAGGAAACGGAGAUCUCGCCGAAUCAUAAUCACUGUCAUUCUGGCAUUCUUCUUGUGCUGGUUGCCCUUUCAUGUUUUUCAAUUUUUAGAAUUAAAAUUUUAUGGAAACCGAAAACUCCAAUCCAUUAUCAAGACUGGAGGUCCUCUGGCUGUGAGUCUGGCUUUUCUGAACAGCUGCCUGAACCCCAUUCUCUAUGUUUUCAUAUGUGAUGAAUUCCAAAAGAGGCUUAAACAGUCUAUAUGCCAUGUCUUUGAGAGCGCCCUGGCAGAGGACCACUUGUCAUUUAUGUCAUCUCGCUCCUUGUCAUCAAAGUUAUCACGGAUUUCCCGGAAGUCUGACUCUGCUGUACCUAUGGAGAGGAAGGGCAAAGUCACUUCCUUAACCUUCAAAGAAUGCAGAGUCGACGCCACUGAUGAGAGAGACACACUGAGCACUGAAUAA